UUCAAUCAGUACGACCGUUCCGCUCUGUCCGUUACAACCGUUGAAAAGAGCGCCCAAAGUGAAGAGUGCAAAGGCAGGCCAGAAGCUUAAAGAUACAAAGCCGUAAGUGCAGGUGAAAAGUGGUGAGUUCGGUACGAUACGUCAGCAAAACCAGCGCGAGCCGAAAAUGAAUCCGGACGUGCAGAUAAGUGAAGCCAGCAACGGCAUCCUGGACCGUGUGAUGAAGUUUUUCGUUGAUAAUCAAGAUGAGCGCACGAAGGAGUGGUUCCUGUCCGGAUCGAUCACCCCGCUGAUCAUGAUCCUCGUGACGUACCUGUACUUCUGCCUGUACGCUGGCCCGCGCUAUAUGGCGAAACGGAAGCCCUUCAAGCUGGAGAAUGUGCUGAUUGCGUACAAUGCGGUCCAGGUGUUGCUCAGCAUCGUGUUAGUGUAUGAAGGUAUUGAAGGCGGUUGGAGGAAACAUUACAAUUACUCCUGUCAACCCGUGGACUACAGCCGAAACCCGGUAGCAAUGAGGAUGGCUCGUGCCGUUUGGAUGUACUACAUGUGCAAGGUCGUGGAGCUGCUCGACACGGUGUUCUUCGUACUGCGGAAGAAACAGAACCAGGUUUCGUUCCUGCACGUCUACCACCAUAGCCUGAUGCCAGUCUGUGGCUUCAUUGGCGUCAAGUACUUUGCCGGGGGUCACGGUACGCUGCUGGGCGUCAUCAACUCGUUCAUCCAUGUCUGCAUGUAUGCGUACUACAUGCUGGCCGCAAUGGGCCCUAAGGUUCAAAAGUAUUUGUGGUGGAAACGUUACCUGACCGUAAUGCAGAUCGUUCAGUUCAUAAUCGUGUUCUUCCACACCGUGCAAGUGCAGUUCCAGCCGAACUGUGCGUACCCAAAGCCAAUCGCCGCCCUGCUCACACUGAACGCCGGUCUGUUCAUCUACAUGUUCAGCUCGUUCUACGUACACUCGUACAUCCGCAAAUCGAAUGCGGCUGCGAAGCGCACCGCAAAGGCCGGCGAGGAAAACAACAACCAGUUGGAGUGCAAACCAAAGGACACCGUGGAGGUGAACAAGCGGCCAGCGGUGGAGGUGGCGGGCGAGCUCAAGAAGACCCUGUAGGCUAGCUUUAUACGUAAAAUAAUCGCUCGUCCUGUUGCGCGCGUGAGGAUAACUCUCCGGCAGCGCUGUUCGGUGGGCCGGGUUGUGUUGCAAGGUGUUCCUCGGGGAAAGGGGAGUUCGGAGUGUGAACGUUAGCAGAGAACAGUUGCAGUCGUGGGUACAUGGAAGGGAUCCAAAGAAUGAUCGGGAGAAAAGGAUGCAAAUGGCUCGCUUAAAGUCAGAACACGUUGUAUGUUCCCACCACGGUCUAAUUCUACAAGCUCCAGAAAGUGCACAGGAGUUUGCAAGAGUGUAGGACAGAAAUGAAAAAGAAAAAUGAAGACAAUCUGUAGCUCACCACCCGGAACGCAUAUCUAUAUUAAGGAAGUCAAAACAGAAACACAGCACCAUCAAACACAUUCAACUCCAUCACGGUCCAUGCCUUUCAUGAUCUCAGAAAGAUCUUGAUGUGUACCCGUCGGCGGACUGGCCGGAUAACGUGUGUCCGAAUGUAUGUCAGGUGGGCAGCUUGCAGCGUCCGUUACGGUUGCACCGUCCAUUGUGGCGUGACAGCGUGUGCAGUGGGUACUAUGUAGUAGUGUCGGUCGUAUCGAAGCCUCCGCUUAAACCGAAGUUUAGUCCUUCUGGGAGCAGUGUAAUGUUUUUGUAUACUAUGUUUAGCUAAAACCGACGCGCGCGAUGUACAUUAUUU